AUGAAGGCUGUAGGGGCUAUCGGGCGCGCGCCGUGUGCGGUGGCGGUGCGCAGCUGUGCCUCGCGGCCAGCGUGCGCGAGGCCACGGGCUGCAGGGUCGUGGAAGCAGCUGCACGUGGAGGCGCCGCCGUCGUCGGGGGCGGUCGGGAGGGGCGGCUGCGGCGCCCGAGCGACGAACGCUGGCGCAGAUGAGGCGUCCGCUGGUCUCAAGUCCAAGGCGCGAGUAUCUCCGCUCGGCCUACUGGCGCCGCUCUCCGGCAUGCUCCUCGCCGCGCCAGCCAUCGCCGACGUCGUGGACGACGGCGUCCCCCCCCCGGACCCCCUCGUGACGUUCCUGUUCGUGAUCGCGGUGGCGGCGCUCGUCGUGGUCACGGGCGGCGUGGUCUACCUCUCGUUCACGUCGUGGCAGGACCAGCGCAAGGAGGACGCCGACCGCGCGGCGUACGAGCAGGGCGAGCGGAUGCGCCAGUACAACGAGUCGGUGCGCGGGCCCCCGCGGCGAAAAUCGAAGAAGCGCGACGACGACGGCCCCUCGCGCGGGGGCGGCUCUGGCUUCGGAUACUGA